GGUCUCUGCCCACCAUGGACUCAGCUCAGCCGUCCACUUACAUAGUCGAGGAAGCCAGGUGUCCCCUCUGCAAAGAGUAUUUCACAGACCCCGUGAGCGUUGACUGCGGCCACAGCUUCUGUUGGGGUUGCAUCAAGGAGCACGCGGUGAACUGGGACGUCCUGUGGACCUUGAGGUGCCCCGUCUGUAGCGCCAUCCUCCAGAAAGGGAAGUUCCGGGCAAACUGGCAGCUGGCAAAUAUCGUGGAAAGGAUUAAACUCCUGCCACUGAAUCUAGGCAAGAGGGAGCUUUGCGAGAGCCACAGCGAAAAGCUCAGCCUGUUCUGCAAAGAGGACGAGAGGUUGGUGUGCGCGCUUUGUCGAGAAUCCGGAGAACAUUGGACACACACUCUGCUUCCGCCGGAGGAGUCUGUUCAAGGGUACAAGGAUCGUCUCUACAGCUGCCUGGAGACUCUGAAGAAAGAGAGGGAGAAAGUUCUGUCAUAUAAAGCAGACACAAAAAGGGAAAGUGAAGUCUUGCUUAAGCAAACAAAAGCGAAGAGGAAAAAGACGUUGCUUGAGUUCAGGCAGCUGCGCCGCUUCCUGGAGGAGCAAGAGAAGCUCAUGCUGGCCCAGCUGAAGCAAGCGGAGAUGGAGAUCAGGUGGAAGAGGGACGAACGCAUGGCCCAGCUGUCCGGCGAACUCUUUGCCCUCGAGUGCGUCCUCCGGGAGGUGGAGAAGAAGCACCAGCAGGCAGCUGGCGAACUCCUGCAGGAUAUUAAAAGCUUCUUGCAGAGGUGUGAGGGAAAGGAGGCAUUCGAGAAUCCCGAGGCUUUUUCUCCUGAGCUGAAGUGGAGGAUCUGGGACUUCUGUGAUAAAACCUCUUUUCUAGAGGGUGCCAUGAAGCAGUUCAAAGACACUCUGGUAUUUGGAGCCAAGGUGCAAGAAGAACAUAUAACUCUAGACCCGGACACAGCUCAUCCCAACCUCAUCCUGUCUGAGGAUCACAAAAGCUUGAGAUGGGGAGAUGACUGUCAAGAGCGGCCGGACAACCCGGAGAGAUUCGACAAGACGCCUUUUGUGCUGGGGUGCGAGGGGUUUACAUCGGGCAGACACUUCUGGGAAUUUGCUGUGGGAAGCGAGGGAGGGUGGGCCGUGGGGGUCACCAGGAAAUCUCUGAGCAGAAAGGGUGUGCUGUCCUUGAAUUCGAAGGAAGGGAUCUGGGCUGUGGGGAAGCUGGGCAGUAGAUACUCUGCCACCAACAACCCCCACUAUUCUCCUCUGACCCUGAGCGGGGAGCUCAAGAGGAUCCGAGUUUUUCUGAACGUUGAAGGGGGUCGGGUGGCCUUUUUCGACGCCGACAGUGGAGUUCCCCUCUUCACAUUCUCGGGUGCCUCAUUUUCUGGAGAGACUCUUCUGCCUUUGGUUUUUCUCAGGGACAAAGCCCACCUCACUCUGUCACCUGGAGAUGGCAAGCUCUCCCUCACAGUCCAUGAUGAUAUUGCUCUGUUGGGAUCCUGAUAAUCAUUUGGUUGAAUGUGAGAACGUACUCCUCAGGGCGCCUUCUUUAUAGGUCUGAGAGAACCAGGUCCCAGAUUCAAGGAUAUCCACCCUUCGUGGGCCCAAG